CGCACCGCGUGGUACUCUGUUCUCGUUUUGUUAUUCAAAUAACUUAAAUAUGAGUGACGAUGAGGAGCAGUACAAUCCCAGAUCGCACAGAAAACUUCUCCAGGCCAUCAGUAACCUGGGAAGCGUGCAGCACAUACGAAAAUCCACACGCGAUGAGCUGCAGCCUCAACAAGAUGAGUUUGCCUUGCUGAAGAGCAUCAAGGUACCGGCUGCAUCCGAUGGCGGUGACUACACGCCCAAGGCUGUUGGUCUUAAUGAUUUGGUGCAGAUAUUGCGGACCUCCAAGCACGUUGAGACGGGGAAAAAGCUAAAAAACGUGCAAAGCACAAAGAAGGUUCUGGCGAAACCACUAGAGAAACCGGUAGCUGAUCGCAUAAAACGCUCCAUUGGCUAUGAGGGAGUAAAGAAGAAGCUUGCGCGCUGGGAUGCGGUCGUGGCUAAACAGCGAUCAGCAGAGACGCAGAUAUUUCCUUUGCCUUCGGACACGAUAUACAUAAACACUUCUGGCAAUGCGAGAGUUCCAAAGAGGUGUAUCAAGUCUGAUUUGGCGAAGGAACUGGAGGCUAGCGAUAUGAAACUACGGACUCUGCGCAGGGAACAAAUUGGUGAUACAGUGGAUGAAGACGUUUAUGCGCAACGCGAAAAGGAACAACUAGAAAAGAAAUUGACUCGCAAGGAGCUUAAUGCGCGACGUAAGGAGCUGGCAUAUUUAAAGAUGCGUGAAUCACAAAAGUCUGCCAAGGCACGCAUGCAAAACAAAAUUAAGUCUAAGAAAUAUCACAAACUGCUGAAACGCCAGAAAAUGUUAGAACAGGUAAAGGAAUUCGAACUGCUGCAAAAGACCAAUCCCGAGGCAGCCUUGGAAAAACUGAAUGAACUUGAGAAAAGCCGUGUACUGGAACGAGCCAGCUUGAGGCAUAAAAACACCGGAACCUGGGCCAAGAAUUUGCAGGUGCGAGCCAAAUACGAUAAGGAUGUACGCAAAGACUUGGCAGAGCAGCUAGCUGUGAGUCGACAACUAACUGGCAAGAGGGAAGAAGUGGAAAGCGAUGAGGAGCAGCAAGAAGGAAAACCUUCUGCCCACAGCAACGAAAAUGACUAUGAUCCCUUUAAUCCUUGGACAAAGGUCAACGCAACGGUUCAAGCCGAUACUCCAAAUAAUGAUACUGAUGAACCAAGCUGGCGUAAAUAUUGGUCCACGCGCAAUAAAAAUGAAAAGUUACUAGCAGAGCACCGUGGCGAAAUAGAAGCCCUAAUGAAGGAGAAUCCAGAAAAGCAAGAAGAAAAACCAGUGAAACAAAAAAAUCCAAAAAAUCGUGUGGAAGAAGUAGAAAGCAAUGAGGAGCAGCAAGAAGGAAAACCUUCUGCCCACAGCAACGAUAAUGAGGACUAUGAUCCCUUUAAUCCUUGGAAAAAGGCCAACGCAAGGGUUCAAGCCGAUACUCCAAAUAAUGAUACUGAUGAACCAAGCUUGCGUAAAUAUUGGUCCACGCGCAAUAAAAAUGAAAAGUUACCAGCAGAGCAUCGUGUCGAAGUAGAAGCCCUAAUGAAGAAGAAUCCAGAAAAGCAAGAAGAAAAACCAGUGAAAGAAAAAAAUAAAAAAAAACGUGUGGAAAUAAAGAAUAAGUCAGAUGCACGGUCCAGUGCAUCCAAACAAAAUGUGGCCAAGAAGAAGGAUCCUAAAAAGCCGAGCACUGUUAUAAAAAACGGUUGGGUUGUUGAAAAAGUCGUAGAGGAAUCCGAGUUAGGAAAUGGCGUUGAUAAAAGCAAAACCAUAGAAGAUAUAUUCGAUGAACAGGAAGAUAAACAACGAGAAAGGCUGACCAAGAAGCUCCAAAAGAUAACAGGUAGGGUAAAGCAACUGAAAACGAAAAAAGUCAAAGUCAAGAAACCUAGAAAACAAAAAGAUGAAUUGAAGAACUUAAAUGAUUUGAUGUUUAAGAACACACGGGAACGUCCAGUCAUUGACGAAGAGCUCAAUUAUGAAGAUAAAAGCGAGGAGCAGACAACUGUACCGACAUUGGCUAAUGUGGAAGCGUUUGAAAAAACGGAGGAGGUACCAAAAACUACUACCACGCCAGCCGUGGACAGCAUUGAUCCCAACCAAGUUGCCACCAUUACAUUCAAUCAAAUAUCCCGACCUUCCAACGUGAUGAACGAUGCUCUCGGCGAUGAAGAAGCUGACUUUGAGGAUGAUCUAGAUAUGGACGCGGAGCGACAGUUGACCAUAAGCCAAGCCUUUGAGGAUGAUGACAUAGUAGCCGAUUUCAACAAAGAUAAGACCAACGAUGCUGAGGUAAAGGACACAGAAAUACAGCUUUCAAUGCCAGGCUGGGGCUCCUGGGCAGGCCCUGGCAUAUCACAGGAUGCGACCAAGAAGCGUAAUAAACGGCUCAUACUCAAAUUGGCAGAGCCAGAGAAACGACGUGAUGAGAACAAGAACAACGUUUACAUUAAUGAAAACACUAAUAAACAUACUCGGGACCACAAAGUCUCCAACAUACCGUUCCCGUUUAAAUCUCUGGCGGAUUAUGAGGCCAGCAUACGUGCGCCCAUCGGCCGGAAUUUUGUGCCUGAGACUGCAUUUCGAAUGCUAACGCGCCCGGCUGUCAUUACGCGCAAGGGCGCCAUCAUCGAGCCUAUGAAUGAGACCGAGCUGGUCAAGCCGGAUCGACGCUUGAGGCAUGUCGUCGAUAGGCGUAUCAAACGCAUGGAAGACGGGAAGAAAGUAAAGAAAAUGUGAACUAUAAAUUAAUGACCUUAAUAAAUGUGAAAUGAACUUAA